CCGGGGCCGGGGCCGGUCGGGGCGUUCAGGGAUGGAUGCUGCGCCCGGGAGCGCCCCGUCGUCCUCCGCCGCGGCGUUGCGGCUGGCGCUGGCGGCUCCGGGGCUGCCCGAGGGUCCCCUCGGCUGCCCCAUCUGCCUGGACGUGCUGCGGGACCCGGUGACGGUGCCGUGCGGACACAACUUCUGCCAGGGCUGCUUGCAGGCGCUCCGCCAGCAGCCAGGCCCCCCCGACGGCGGCGGGGCGGGCGGGGCCGCCCGCUGCCCGCUGUGCCAGGAGCCCGUCCCCGCGGCCCUGCGCCUCUGCAAGAACCGCGCCCUGUGCGAGCUCCUGCCGCUGCUGGCGGCCGCCACCGGCGGCUCGUCCCCGACGUCCUCGGCCGCCGCGUCCCCGACGUCCCCGGCCGCCGCGUCCCCGAUGGCGCCGGGAGCCGAGGAGGAGGAUGCUGCGGGGGAGGAAGGAGCGGUGGUGCUGUGCGAUGUGUGCCCGCCGGGGUCCCGCGUGGCGGCCGAGCGGUCGUGCCUGGUGUGCCUGGCGUCCUUCUGCGGGGCGCACCUGGAGCCGCACCGGCGCGCCCCGGCUUUCCGCGCACACCGGCUGGUGGCCCCGCUGCGCCGGCUGGAGGAGGGGCUGUGCCCCCGCCACCUGCAGCCCCUGGACGGCUUCUGCCGCACCGAGCAGAGCUGCGUCUGCUCCCGCUGCCGCGCCCACGAGCAUCGCGCUCACGACGUGGUGCCCCUCGAGCAGGAGCGAGAGCACAAGCAGGCCCAACAAGCCAAAUUCCUCAGCGAUGUGGAGAAUGAGCUGCAGGAGCUGGCAGUCACCAUCACCCAGGCCAAGAAGAUGGUGGAGCUCAUUAAGGGUGCUGCCACAAAGGAGAGGGAAAGGGUCGAGAAGCUCUUUGCAGAGGCCUCUGAGGUGCUGGCAGCCUUCCAGAAGGAGGUGAUGGGAUUCAUCGAGGACGGGGAGCGCUCCAUGCUGGGGGAGGCCGAGGCUGAUCUCCGCUGGAAGGAGCAGAGACGAGCCAAGCUGGCACAGUGCAAGCAAAGCCUGGAGAACGUCCCCAGCACCGACACCAUCUACUUCCUCCAGGAAUUUCAGGCCUUGAAAGCAGCCAUGGAAGAAAACCUCUCUCCACCUUUGAGCUUCCAGAAAGAGCUGAACUUCACCAAAUGCACCCAAGCUGUGGGUGCCAUGAAGGAUGUGCUGUCCACUGCCUGCAAAAACCAGUGGAACCACUUGCAGGGGAAAGGAACUGAUGGAUUGAAUUGCCAGGAGAUGGAGGAAGCGCUGGCCGAAUCCCGAUUUCCAGACAAGUCAAACAACCCUGCCUGCCUGGAGAGCCGUGAUUAUUUCCUGAAAUUUGCCUUCAUCAUCGACCUGGACAGUGACACAGCUGACAAAUUCAUCCAGCUGUUCGGCACCAAGGGGGCCAAACGGGUGCUGUGCCCCAUCCCCUACCCAGAGAGCCCCACCCGCUUCAUCAACUGCGAGCAGGUGCUGGGUUUGAACCUCAUGAACAGGGGCAACUACUACUGGGAGGUGGAGCUGAUCGACGGCUGGGUCAGCAUCGGGGUCAUCGCCGAGGACUUCGACCCGCGGGAAGCCUACAACCACGGCCGCCUGGGCAGGAACGACAGGUCCUGCUGCCUGCAGUGGAACGGCCAGAACUACGUGGCCUGGUUUGGGGGCUUUGAGUGCGCCAUCCAGCAGCCCUUCUUCCACACCAUCGGCGUCUUCCUGGAGUAUUCGGAGAAGGCUUUAACCUUCUACGGAGUCAAGGACUCCAAAAUGACCUGCCUGCAGCAGCUCAAGGUCUCCCCUUAUGCCAAGGGGAAAGUUGACCCGUUCCAGAACAAGAUCAACCGCCAGUUUGCCUCUCUUUUCUCGUGCAAGCUGAAGCCAGCCUUCUUCCUGGAGAGCGUGGAUGCCCACCUGCAGAUCGGGCCGCUGAAGAGGGAUUGUGUGUCGGUGCUGAAGCGCCGGUGACUGCCCGGGGAGAGGGGCACGCACAGACCCACAGAAGUCUCUCCUGCAGGUUAUUCAGGUUAUUGCCACCUCUCCUUGGUAGCUCUGUCUGUCUCUGUGGCAGCCCUCCCUCCUCUCUGCACUGUUGGGGACCCAGGGUUGGAUGGAGGCUCUGAUGGGCAGGGCUGGGGGCCAGGACGGGGCUGGAUCCGAGUGCCAGCUCUGCCCCUGAGUGAGCUUGGGCCAGUCCCCGUGCUGCUCCCUGCCCCUCAGCUUCCCUUUGUGGACAUCAGGGACUGCGACAGCCUUUCUUGGUAAAGUGUGCUGCUCAGAAGUGCCACAUGGAUUUGGAGCUGUGCCUUGGCCACCUGCCCAGUCCCUCUGCUUCACCUCUGCUCGCUCUGCCCCAGUGACUUGUGCAGAUGCUUUGUGCCUUAUCUCAGGCUCUGUUGCUGAUGCUUUUUUAAGUGCUGCCUCAUUGACACCCUCUGCAUGCUCCUCACGAAGUGCCUUUGAUGGAGCAAGCCCUGUGUAGACCAGGUGCACCCCCAAGGCAGACGUGGUCACUUCCCAUCACCUCUGUGCCCUGGCAUGGGCGAGAUGGCGCUGCAGGGAGAGGGAUGUGGAGGAGCCUGGCUGGGUGCUGGGGUGAUGCUGGGGCAGUGCAGCACCUCUCCUUGCAGGGCUGCCCACCCAUUAGUGCUGCAAAUGUGAAACAAGGAUCUCUGCCCGGACGGGAAAGGGAGAAACCUCCUGCCGAGAAGCAGCACCACUGUUCCCACCUGGAGCUGGGGAAGGGAGGAGCACAAACCAAGUUUUGAGGAUGUGCUUUAAGUAAACAGAUUCUUUGGAAUUCUUAGCAAUUCUCAGCAAGGCUUUACAGCCAAAUUUUCCCCCAUGUUUUUGAUGGCACUACUGUUCUGGGGGAUUUUAGUACUGUUAAACGACCAGCUCUUCAAGAACCCUGGGCACACUUGAGCUGAAAAUCUGCCCCUUAGCUUAGAAAUUUUUAGUGACAGAGGUGCUGUGAAUAUGGCUCAGAGAUAAAUGGUCUGGUUUAGUGUUCUAGGACAGCUGUGAGUGCCUCAGUAAAGGUGCAGCAUCAGUCAGCCACUAAAUGACCCUUUGGACUCUGGGAAUAAGUAACAAUUAACAAAAACUACUCUCAGGCGAGAGGGAACACUGUUCCCUUCAGGAAAGGUGGAAACUCGAGGAUGAGAAACAAAACUGCCAGUUCACAUGUCCUAAGGGAGUUUUUUCAGAAGGAAAACACAGAAAUACUGCCUGUGAGGGAGGCACAGAGCAGCCCCUGUCUCAGCACAGCGUGCCUUUCCACAAGUUUAUUUUUUCUGGGGUCAUUUUGCUACCUACCUCCCAAAGCUUGCUUUACAGAACCGUGGUGCUGUGUAAUGUACACCUGGAGAGAAAAUACAGAGGGUCAGGUUCUUCACUGGCAUGAGUGAGUCAGGGAUGAUGCAACAACCUGCAGGAAUAAUAAACAGCCCAUUCAGCUAAAUAUAUGAGAUUUUUUUUUUUUCCCAAAGGAUAAGCUGGAAAUCAUAGUGCUAUAUUCAAGUGGAGCCAAGGGGAAAAUGUGAAUGUGAAGAAAAGGCAGGCACAAAGCUGGGAGGUUUGAAGUUAAAGCCACGUUUACAUGCUGAGGCUCAAAGAAACCUUUACUGUGACUCCUUUGCCAUCGCUGCCAGUUUCUGCUGGUGCAGAAAGAGCUGCCAGUGCCUUGAAAAUUAGGAUAUUUUAGUGGAUGAAAGGUCUGAAUGCAGCCACCCCUUCCCUGGGGCAAGGCUGGUGAGUCAGUUUGGGAAGGGGCUUGCUGGGAUCUGUCUGCAAAUUCUUCCUCUUCCUCCUCCUCCCCUGCAUGAGGUUACUCCUAAACUGCUGCGAGCAGUGGGAAAAGGAACAGUGGGGCUUCCAGAAUGAAAUCUUCAGCUGAAAUCUUGGCCUUUCCUGGCUGGUGGGAAUGCUGCCCAGACUUCUGUCCGGAUGGGAAUUCAUUCCCUGCCUCCUGAGCUCCAAACCCUCUUUGUUUGGCUGGCGCCAGCGGCCCCUGCAGAGCUCAGCCCUUGCACGAGAUGUCAGCGGUGACACAGAGCAGGCUGCUCUGUGCACAGGGGCAGAACGUGGUCCCAGGAGCUCCUGAUGGAAUGAGAAAGGCAGAGCUGUGCCACAGCCCGUGCACGGUCACAUCCUGGCAGGACAAGGCAGGGAAGGAACCUUCAUCUCUGCAGGAAGAGAUCUCCCACGUGGGCCCACGUCUGCGCCCUAAAUCUCAUUUAUUCAGGCUAAACUCCCACAGUUUGCAGCGAGGAGUUUUGCCAGAGUAAACACAGCAGAUCUGGGUCUUUGCUGUUUGGUUUCACCGUAGGUGGAUUGAUUGCUCCAAGGGGAAACCCACGCUGGAGCCACUCAUCCCACCCUCCUCCACUUUCCCAACGCACAGACGCAAACCUCUGACCUCCUUCAGGGCUUGGGAGGCCCAGAGGGAUCCUCUCUUUCCACCCUGCCACCACCUGGGAGCAGCUCAAGAGGCCUCUGGGUGUCUGGGUAUGGUGUGGGGUUGUGCUGCUGCUUUGGGGGGAUCCAUGGAUGCAGCUCCAUGGAGCAUCCGGGGGGCUCCUGUGGAUGUGCCACAGCUGGGAGGUGCUGCCCAAGCCUCUCCAGCUGCUUGCUUUUAUCCUGAAAAACCCUCCUGCUUUAGGGAUGGUUUCCAAUAGGAGCAAGCCCCUCAGGAGCUGGGUCAGAGUUUGCUCUGUGCUGCCAGGAGUUUGUAAACUGGAGCGAUCGGGGAGUGUGCACUGUGCCAGCUCUGGAUCCCUGCUUUUGCUGUAAACAAAGGGUUAAAUGCAGGGCGAGAUGAGCUGAGAUGGAUCGAUAGCACUUGGCAGUUUAAACAGCCUUUCCUUGUUCCCUUGGGUUAUUUCUGCUGUCACAGAGUGUUCCUCUUUUUAAUUAGGAUUUUUUAAAUACAGUAACUGUAGGCUGUUUUACAGUGCGUGAAAAAACUGUAACAGAAUAAUGUAAUGGUGUUAGAGACUAUGAUUUGACCAUUAAAUAUGAUACAGUCAUUGCC